GUUACGCCAUUUUUGUUGGGAAGCAGUCGCGUUCAGAAAAGCAGGAUUAGGUUCAGUGCAGGUACACAAAACGGCACCUUUUCUAAUAAUCUCUUUGAGUUGUCUGGCAAACGGGACAUCUGCUUGUCCAUCACACUCACGCAAUGUCGACAGAAAACCUGGACUCGGACACUCAGGUGGAUUACGAGGACGAAAAACAGGACUCACAGGAGAAGAAUGCCAACCCGGUGAAGGCAGAGGAGGCCAAGCUGAAGGCCAAAUAUCCAGGACUGGGCCAGAAGCCUGGUGGCUCAGAUUUCUUGAUGAAGAGACUACAGAAAGGGCAAAAGUAUUUUGACUCGGGAGACUACAACAUGGCCAAGGCCAAGAUGAAGAACAAGCAGCUUCCUGUGGCGGGACCUGACAAGAACCUGGUGACUGGCGACCACAUCCCCACGCCGCAGGAUUUACCCCAGAGGAAGUCCUCCUUGGUGACCAGCAAGCUAGCUGGCUAGCCUUCAUCAUCACAGAAGCACCUGCAAACCCCCCUGGGACUCCCGGCAAACGUCCCUCCUCCUUCUCACCUGUGUCCCCAAUAUGCCCAACCCCACCCCACACCUGCCCCCUCUUCCAUUUCCAUCCCCAGGCACCACUGGCUUUAACAUAUCGGGCAGAGUUGUAUAAGUUAAAACUCCAUUAGCUUGUAUGUGGGUGGGCCGGGGUGGUAGGGAUGGAGGUUUAGGCGGCCAACAGGGCCGAAGUCUUCUCUGCCUUCCCACCACGCACAGCUCUGCCCCCUCUACGCACUCUGCUCUACCGCCUCCCUUAUAUCUUGGUUUUCAGUGUUCCAAGAUGCAUUACACUAGAUGUGUGUCAUCGGGCAAGGGUUGGAUGGGGUGAGUUAAUGCACUUUGUAUUCUGUAUAGUAUGUUUUGUUCUUUUUCUCCAUUCUGAAUGACACCAAAAUUCUAUGUAAGGGAGUUAGGAAACAUGAUUGCAGCAUGUUCUUUGAUCGUCACUUUCCCUUUCUAUACUGGCUUCAGUGGAAGACAUUGGAUCAUGUAUGUGAAUAACUGCUUGCAUACCAAAUCUGUGCUGUGAGGGGCAGUUAACUUGUCAAAUGGGGACAUUCACUGACACACUAAUGGGGAGUGAAUGGAGUGUUCCUUGCAUCUCACUCAUUUGCCACUUUUUUUGUCAAAUACAACCUGAAGUAAACUUCUGUAGCUCAGCCAAACAGGGAUUUGAAACAGUUUUUUCACUCUCCACUAGUUGCUUUAAUUUCCUUACUCCCUUUGCGCCUCUAAAUAUGCUGCAUGAUUCUAACAAAAACAAAGAAAUGUAACAUUUAACAGGGGUGGAGCAUCUGCCUAGUAGAUAAGAAGCAUCAAAACAAAACACAUCAAUCCCCUCCACAGUCACACUUCCUUCUUUCCUUCCUUCUUUCCUUCCUUUGCUUUUUGCUGUCCUGACAAUCCAUGUACACACGCCCCUGCUUGCAGCCCAGGGCAAGAGCCAGCUGAGUAUAUCCUUGUAAUAUUUUUUUAAAGGCUGGGAACCCUGCCAGUCUCUGGGCUCAGUCUUAGUUUGGUUGCUGUUCAGUUGCAUCAAGACGUGUGUUUACUAUGAGCCUAAAAGAUAUUUGGGGUGGGGGUUAGAAGCACCCCGUAGAGAGUGUAUGCUUCUGUAAAUAAUACUCAAGCACGUAAUUCGUGAUAAGCUUAGCGCUUUGAGGACCAGACCAGCUAGCAUGCCUGAGAGAAGUGGUAGUGCUAAAUCAACUCACUUGGAAUUACAUCCUGGCAUUUCUUUAACAACAAAGCCAAAUUCCACACUGCAGAUAUCAGGCCCAGACUGUGGAUACACUUGGCUUUUCAGUGUUGGUGGGUACAUGUAGUCUUCUGGCUUAAAAUUGCAACGUGAUAGGCAGACUGCAACCCACUCUGCUCUGACGGAAUAUAUUAAGAGUGACGUGACCAUCCAUGUAUGAAAGCCACCUUUGAAACACAGAUUCAAAUCUUAACCUGAUCACAAGAGUUCUGUGAAAAGACAAAGGUAACCACAGCUGUAGCCUUCAUAGUUUUAUCCCACAACAGAACUUGUGCAGUACAAUUUUUGUAGACAUUUGGGACCGACCAAAAGAAUGACGUUGAUUUCUGAUUUUGUGUAGGAGAUUGUUUUCUCCAUGUUUUAACACUUUCAGAAUAUAGAUCACAGUCAGUCAUAGCGAUUACACUGAUAUGUUUCCCGCCUUCACAGAAAUUCAAAUUAUGAAACAGUAACUUUAGAAAAUAAAUUUUACAGCUUUACUUCCCUCAAAAACCUUAGCAGGGGUGUAGACAUACAUCUACGACCAGCGCCUUGUAGAAAAAGUUUGUUCUUUCCACACUGACACAUUACACAGACUGAUCUUUGAUCUCAGGGGUGUCAGAGGGUAAACAGCAUGCAACCUGAUAAGCGCAGCUCCAAUGAACACUAUCGCAGGCUAAAGUGGGACACUGCAAGUCUGUGAGAGCACUCGCUCCAACACUUGGCAAAGCAGAGAGAGAUUUUAUAACACAUGGUUAGGCAGAAAAGUGUGAGUGCUUUUUCUGCACUCAAGUCCCACCUGUUUUCCAUGGUUCAACCUGUGAAGCAGGUCAACGGAGUGAUCACCACAUCUCCAGACUUUGAAUGUGUGCCCUUCACACAUUCAAGAAUCUGAAAUGAAUGCUGGCACUCACUGAGAAUCCGUGUAUAUUUACUGCUUCAGGGAACCUUCACAAACGCACACUCCACCACAUAGGCUAGAUGAUAGGGUGCAUGCACCAUCAAAUUCUGAACCUCAUUUGUUUGUCAUUAAGACUUUAAAAUGUGUCAAAUUUGCUGUGGGUGAACAAGAACUGACCUGUAUGUAUGUGCUUGUUAUGGUGUUGUAUGAAUGCACUACUUUUCUCUGUUCUAGCUAUUGUAAAUAGAAUUCAACAGGAAAUGAUUUUUGUUGUUUCCCACCUGCUUUUCACUCUUUCAUAGCCUGAGCCAUUUCUAAUUCAAUGGCUCGUUUCUCUUUUCAGUUUAACACUACUCUGCUC